AUGUUGCACUAUCGUCUGCUAAAAGUGACGCGCCGCAGCUUCGCGACUAGGUCUUUACGUGCGUGGGAGACCAUUGAGACGAAAUGGCAAAAGCGCUGGGCACAACAGGAACUUCAGUCAGUUGAUGUGAGUGAAAAGACGAAUAAGGAGCGCUUUUACUGCCUCUCCAUGUUUCCAUAUCCUUCGGGUCAGUUGCAUAUUGGUCAUGUGCGUGUAUACACUAUCAGCGACUGUAUGGCACGUCUUAAGCGUAUGCAGGGAUAUGACGUAAUGCAUCCGAUGGGCUGGGACGCUUUUGGACUACCGGCCGAGAACGCGGCCAUUGAGCGCGGCAUCUCGCCCGCGGACUGGACAAUGGCUAACAUUGCACAGGCCAAGCACCAGCUCAAAGCAUUAGGCAUAAAAUUUGACUGGGAUCGAGAAGUUACGACGUGUUCGUCUGACUACUACAAGUGGACGCAGUGGAUCUUCUUGCAGAUGUUUGAAAAAGGUCUGGCCUAUCGCAAAGAAGCUCUCGUGAAUUGGGACCCCGUGGACAAGACAGUACUCGCCAACGAACAGGUAGAUGCAGAAGGACGAUCCUGGCGCUCUGGCGCAAUCGUUGAACAGCGCUCGCUCAAUCAGUGGUUCCUGCGUAUCACGGAGUAUGGUGACCGACUGCUGGACGACCUGAACAAGCUAAACAAGUGGCCGGACGCCGUGAAGCGUAUGCAGGCAGCAUGGAUUGGACGAUCGCAGGGCUCAAGAGUCGAGUUCCAGGUUGCACUCAAUGCAGCGGCAGGUGUCAAACCGACCACUUUGACGGUCUUCACGACGCGCGUUGACACCAUCUUUGGUGUGAGCUUCGUUUCAAUGGCUCCUGACAGCGUCGAGGUGGAGGUUUUGCUCCCACACGUUCCGGCAGCACAGCGGGCUGCCGUCGAUGCUUACGUUGCCAAGGUGCGCGCAAUGAGUAAAGACGACCAAGGCAAGGGCGACACGACGGCAGGAGUCUUCACAGGACUGUAUGCACAUCAUCCGCUUGCCGGGCGUCACGUGCCCAUUUACUUGGCCGAGUACGUGUUAGCACAUUACGGUACCGGUGUGGUCAUGGGCGUCCCCGCACACGAUAGUCGAGAUCUAUCCUUUGCGCGUCACCACAAUCUAGAAGUGCGGUCCGUUGUGGGAAGCAGCGACGGAGUUGUGUGGAAUGAAGACGAGGCGUUCACAGAUUAUGGCGUGCUGCAUGACUCUAACGAAUUUUCCGGCAUGACAUCGCAGGAAGCGACGACGGCCAUUAACGAUCGUCUCGAAGAGAAGGGCGUUGGAUGUGCCACUACUCAGUUCCGCCUGCGGGAUUGGUUAGUUUCACGCCAGCGUUACUGGGGCACUCCUGUACCAAUCAUUCAUUGUCCGUCGUGUGGACCGGUCGGAGUUCCCACCGAGCACUUACCAGUUGUACUGCCGCCCGUGGGGAAAGAUGUGGCUACCGGCCUGCGUGGAAAAGGUAGUAGUGACUCUCCUCUUGCGCGCAUGCCUGGUUGGCAGGACUGCAAAUGCCCACGUUGUGGCGGCGAUGCCAAGCGCGACACCGACACACUUGACACGUUUGUUGAUAGCUCGUGGUACUACAUGCGCUACUGCGACGCUAGCAACGAUGCUGCUGCCUUUAAACCCGAGCAAGCACAAACAUGGCUAAAGCGCACGGGCGUGGACCUUUACGUCGGUGGCAUCGAGCAUGCAAUUUUGCACCUGCUGUACUCGCGCUUUGUGACCAAAUUCAUGUUUGAUCAAGGGUUUCUGGCCACCGAUGAGCCUUUUGCUCAGCUUUUGGCUCAGGGGAUGGUGCUGGGGCGCACAUACAAAUCGCCGGGCUCGCUACGCCCUUUGACGUCGGAUGAAUAUGAAGAGGUAGUAUCCGAUGGUCACAUGGUCGUCGUAGAAAAAAAGACUGGGCAUCCCGUGGUAACACUUUGGGAAAAGAUGUCCAAAUCAAAGCAUAAUGGUGUGGACCCAGAACAGAUCCGUGCACGCCAUGGCGCCGACGUAACACGCCUUGCCGUGCUAUUCAAAGCACCACCCGCUUAUGAGUUGGAGUGGGAUGAAGCUGACCUAGCAGGUCAAUCGCGCUGGUUGGCACGCGUUUGGUCGUUAUUGGACGGUGUGGUGGCCUCACGCAGUCGAGGUGCUAUUUCUCGUGCAGAUAGAGACGAGGAGAAAGAGCUUCGCCACCAGCUGCACGGAACGAUUAAACGUGUGACGGAGGCACUGAAUGACUUUCAGUCGUUUAAUGUCGCUAUCGCGGAGCUUAUGAAGCUGUCAAACUUACUUGGCGAGCAUCGCACUCGUCUACAAGGCUCUGCAGCAUAUGAAGAGGCUCUGCAUGCUUUGGUUCAAAUGUUGGCACCACUGGCUCCUCACACUGCUGCUGAGAUGUUUCAGACUUUGCAAGACGGCGACGAUGUAGCUGAUGUCCAUGCUUCCGCAUGGCCAGUUUACGACUCUGCGCUACUGGAUCGUGCUCAGGUGAAAGUGGUGCUACAGGUGCAAGGCAAACCGCGUGAUACUAUCCUUGUAGACCCUGCCUUGCUGGAGGCUAGGGACUCGGACGCAGUCUUGGCGUUGGCACUGGACUCCCCUUUUGUGCAGCGCCACGUCCAUGGCCGAGACGUGUGCCAGGCGAUUUUGGUUCCUCCCAAGAAGCAAGGCGCCCAUGGAUUGUUGAACAUUGUUACAAAGUAG